GACACACACACCCCCCCCCAUAAGGCAGACGUUACGGAGUCUCUGGACUGGACCUUCUGGAAUGGCGGUGAAAGAAGGCACAAUGAUGCUGCUGCUGCUGCUCACUCUUCUCUCUCACGGCUGCCUGAGUGCAGUUUCUGGCACUUCGGUGUUUUACAGCAGCCAGCAGGCGCACAUGAUCCUGCGUCAGAAACGAGCCAACAGCUUCCUGGAGGAGAUCAAGCCUGGCAAUCUGGAACGGGAGUGCAUGGAGGAGACGUGUGACUAUGAGGAGGCCCGUGAGAUCUUCGAGGCAGACGACGCCACUCUAAAAUUUUGGAUGAAAUAUGUGGACGGAGACCAGUGCGUUCCCAACAACUGUGUCAACGGCACCUGUAUCGACCAGGUCGGCUCCUACACCUGCCUCUGCCAUCCUGGCUUUGAAGGGAGACACUGUAACUUCUCGGUGUUUGCCACUAGCUGCUCGGAGGACAACGGCGGCUGUGAUCACUCCUGCCAGGAGAGUGGGAACGGGACGAGCCGCAGGUGCGGGUGUCUGCUGGGGUACACCCUGGCCGAUGACGGCAGGAGCUGCCAGCCCUCAGUGCCCUUCGCCUGUGGGAAGAUCGCAGUGGACAAGACCCCAGCCAUAAGGGGCUACAGGCUUCUGACAGGCCUCAAGCCCUAUGUGGUGGGAGGGGAGAAGGGGAAGAAGGGCCACAGCCCCUGGCAGGUGCUGCUGAUAAACGCACAGGGCAAAUUCCACUGCGGGGGAGUUCUGAUUGACAACUCCUGGGUCCUCACUGCUGCCCACUGCCUGGAGAAGGGAUCCAGAUAUCAUGUCCGAUUGGGAGACUAUGAACGCUAUCGUGAUGAACAAACAGAGGUCACAGUGGAAAUUUCCCAGUUCAUCACUCAUCCUCACUACAAUAGAUUUCUGCUCUUCACUAUUUACUGGAAACUUCUCCCUGUGUCAAUAUUUAAAACGAGGUUAAUCGUCAACUCUGGAAAUGCACAGGGAUCCCUUGCCUCUGGACAGUCAGACACGGACAUAAUGAAGAAAAGAAACAUAAGGAUGCUACCAUCUUCCCUGUUCCUUGUCUUUCUCUCCCUGGUCUGCCUGAACACAGCCUUCAGUUCAGUGUUUUUGGACAGGAAGAAGGCUGACAGGGUUCUGAAAAUCCGGAAGACCAGGGCUAAUUCCUUCCUGGAGGAAAUUCGGCCAGGCAACCUGGAACGAGAGUGUUACGAGGAGUUGUGCUCCUUUGAGGAAGCAAAGGAGAUCUACCAAACCAGGGAGAAAAUGAUGGAGUUCUGGUUCCACUACAAAGACCUAAACAUCUGCAAACAGAACCCUUGUCAAAACGGAGGGAUCUGCACCAGUGAGCGCUACAGCUACCUGUGCCUCUGCCCUCCCCGCUAUGAGGGGCAAAACUGUGAGACAGAAGUCUUCGAGUGUCAGUAUAAGAAUGGGGGCUGCCAGCAGUACUGCAUAAACAGGUUCCGCACGGUUAGUGUGCAGUGCAGCUGUGCUCAGGGGUACAAGCUGGAGGAAGAUGGGAAGAGCUGUGCAGAAGCAGUUCCAUUCCCCUGCGGGAAAAACAAGGAUGUCAGCUACACUCGUUCUCUCCUCAAUGAGUCGGACAUCUUUGAUCUAAACAACACAGCUUCGACCAGCUCUCCCUGGCUCAAUGACACACGCUUGCAGGGUAACGUCACAGACAGCCCAGACGGGAGCGUCCUGGAGGUCAACGAAGAUACCCGGAUUGUGGGAGGCAUGCUCCAGCAACAGGGGCAAAGCCCUUGGCAGGUCUUGAUUCACAGGAAAGAUGGCUAUGGGUUCUGUGGGGGAUCAUUGAUCACUGAGCGAUGGGUCCUCAGUGCUGCUCACUGUUUCCAAGAAAAACCUGACUACGUCACUAUUGGGGACUUUGACAAGUACCUUCGGGACCAGGACGAGCAGAAGAUCAGGAUAGGAGAAGUGGUGAUACAUCCUCACUUCCACGACGCCACCUUCGACAGCGACAUUGCGCUGGUCUACCUGGCCGAGCCGGUGAUUCUGGGGCCCUUUGUGGCGCCCAUCUGCCUCCCCAAUAGCAACCUGGCAAAGCUCUUGGUGCAGGAGGGAGCAAUAGGCCUCGCGACCGGCUGGGGGGCCACCAAGUACCUAGGUCUGUCCUCCCGCUUCCUGCGCAAGGUGGCUUUACCGGUGGUGGACCAGCAGAAGUGCAUGAGCUCCACCACGCAAGUGGUGACUGACAACAUGUUCUGCGCGGGCUACCCGGACGGGGUCAAGGACUCCUGCAAGGGGGACAGCGGCGGCCCUUUUGCUUCCCUCUACCGGAACACCUGGUACCUGACAGGCGUGGUCAGCUGGGGGGAGGAGUGUGCUGCCAAGGGCAAAUAUGGCUUCUACACCCGUUUGGCCAACUUCCUCCCCUGGAUCCAAGACACCGUGGCCAAAAGAAACCGAACAAGGGUCUGACGCAGUGGAGAAAACCACUUACCGUCCCCUUCAACUACAGACCCCCACCCCCGAUGUUCCAGCCUUAAAAGAAUUUCCACAAGUUCCCAGGCACAUACUGUAUAAUGGCAUCAAAGCCGGGAUUCUGAGGUGCCCAUGGAGGUAUCUGUGGCCUAUUUGAUCUCUUCCAGUCGAAGUGGUUUUCAAGACACAGUAUGGAGCCAUCGUGCCAUGCUGCCAAAUCCUCUGCCAAUCCAGUGGAAGGUGGACUUCGUGUACAAUUCCUUCCAGGUUCAAUCAUUCCUUCACAAGAUGCCACCAGCCUUGCUACCCUCACGACUGUCAAUAACAAGACCCAUGAGAUGCACAAAAUACUCUUCUAAUUUGUCAAGAUUACAUUGUAAUACGGAGUAUGAUUUAAAACUAACUUGUGUUCAAGCAUUGUAUGUGCCAAAAUACCCAGAACAGUAUUAAUGUGUGUUGUCCAAUUGACCAUAUUUGUAUCAUCGAUUUUUAAAAUAAAGGUAAUCCGCAGUCAGGACCGAUCAUUCUGUUA